UUGUUCCAACCAAGAGUACAGCAGCAACUGCAACCUCAGGCAGGGUAGCUCACGUUCUUAGAACCUAGAACCUUUCGGUGUCGUGUUCGUCCUGUGUGGGUCUGAUCAAGCGCAGCUGAAAGAAAAGCAAUGAAAGUGUUUGUAGUGUUAAGUGUGCUGGCGGUGGCCGUCUCGGCACGGCCAGAACCUCCGGCAUCCGGUGGAUAUCCUUCCUAUUCGGCGCCGUCAUUCAGCUCAGCCGGUGAUCUCGGAUCCUACCCGGCUAGUCAGUCUCAAGGAGGCGGCGGUGGCUACAACUACCAACCCGCAACUCAGAUUGUCCAGAAGCACAUCUACGUGCACGUACCGCCGCCAGAGAAGGAAGAACCCAGUUACCCUCGAGUGAUCCAAUCGGGAGCACCCCAGAAACACUACAAGAUUAUCUUCAUUAAGGCACCAACACCGCCACAACCGAAGGCCCCAAUAAUCCCUCCGCCACCACAGAACGAAGAGAAGACCCUGGUCUAUGUGCUGCACAAGAAGCUCGAGGAACCGGAGGAGAUUAUCCUGCCGACGCCGCCACCGACCAAGCCCAGCAAACCGGAAGUAUACUUCAUCAAGUACAAGACCCAAAAGGAGAAGAAGCCCGAAUACGGUCCCCCGAAGCAGGAAUAUGGAGCCCCCUCGGGUGGAUCUGGACCGUACUAGGCGAUAACCUGCACUGGAUGGUGGCAUCCGUCCUUCUGCUACUGAUGUUACCCUACAAAUACUGCUGCUAACAAGUCUAAUCGGUGCGAAUGUGCGAGCGAGAGAGCGAGAAUAAAUCACAUUUUUUUCUGUUUCGUUUUUAGCUAGUAAGGAAUGAAUAAACGUAACUGCGAACGUUUUGGUUUCAGCAAAACCGUUCCGCAGUUUCCGCGCUUCUUAUGUGUAUAUAGGACCUAGUAUAAUCCUAUGCAAGCAUCUGUCCUUAGCGAGCCAUAGUCGAUUCAUGUUAUUUAUUACGUUAUUACAAAC